AUGAGGGCCUCCGGCCUCGUCAAUACUCUCCUCGCAUUUGUCCUUCUUUUUACCACGGUGUCUGCGUCAUGGUGGUCACCGUUAGAAGAAAAUGCUUUGGUGGGGAGACAGAACGAUGAUGACAAUACCAGCUCGGGAAACAAUGACAAUGACCAAACUACCAGUGGGGAUUCAGCUUCCAGAACGGCAACAGACGAAGAUUCUUCCGCGUCAGCAUCGAAUUCGGACUCACAAGAGACGGAUUCCGAAUCGGCUUCUGGCACAGGGUCGAGGUCUGGCUCGGGGUCGAGAACCACCUCCAGCAGGACGAGAACGACCAAUGUUGAUCCUCGCCUGCCGGCCGGCGGCGUUGAGCUCAUCACCCCCGCUGCAACUGCUGGCUCUCAGUACUAUAAGGUUGGCGACACCAUUACCUUCGAAUGGAACUACACGAGCCUCUCCAAUACCCCCUCCGCAAUCGACAUCUUCGCGACCUGCUCCCUGAAUCAAGCGACCUACACCAUCUCUUCUAACAUGUCGGUGGAAGAGACAGGCAAAGUGCUCUGGGAUACAGGAGACUCUGCCAACGUAUCGGCUCCUUUCCCCGUGGCCACCUACACCCUGUUUAUUCACGAUGCUGCAAGAGAUCCUACACAAGUCGCAUCGGCUGGUGACCUGGGCGUUUUCAAUCAGUUCCGCUUUGGCAUGUACACACCACAACCGUACACCCCACUGAAUGAGUUCAAGUGUUCCACUUGCAGCGCAGCACUUUCGCUUUACGAACAACAGGCCUUGGGAGUCCUUGGCGUGACUGCUGUUGUCACGGUGCUAUCAUUUUCAUGGUUUGCCAACGGCUUCGGGCUGCUGGGCUGA